AUGAAGUUGGUCAUCUUGAUUCUGAUUUUAUCAAUAUUUAGUACCCAAGGCCAGACAUCACUUAGAGGAAAGAAUAAAUUUGGUAUGGUAGGCCAUAAUUAAGACUAGAGUAGAGCGAUGAAUUAAUAUAAAUGAAUAAUGAAUAUACCCCAGAACUAUAAGAAUAUUCAUUAUUUGCGCAAUUAACCAAGCCUUUAUAUGACACAGCACCGAUGGAUGUUAUGCUGCUAAACCAUGAGAUGGAAAUAGCGAGAAUGAUGGGCACUCCAGGAGUGACAAGUAUGGGAUAUGUACUUGAAGAAUCACCCUUUAGUCCUGCUUGGUGA